AUGCUUCCGGAAGCGAAUAGCGAGACCAAUAAAAUCAUGCCUUGGAAUAAAUUGUCUGUUUGCCGACGCAUGUUUGGAGGUGUUUGUUGCGACGGGCCGUCGCCUCACAACCUCGCGGCAGCGAAUUACAUUCUGUUCGGUUGGACUUUUGACUAUGCGAUUCUGAAGGAGAGAUGCCUAAAUGCAAGAGACCAACAAGCACGCAACCCAAUGGAUGAGACGGGUAACGGCCAAGAAAUUCGCAGACUGGUAGACCAAGCGCCAGUUACCUGUUGUGGCUUGUCCAACAAGCAAACAACUGGUGCUGAUUAUGAGAAUAACUACCAUAAAGCACCGCCAACCAAGAAAGAUGCAAUUGCCGAAGAUCCGGGGAAGCUGAUGCGCGUCUCAUUCGUCGCUUUGACCGCAGCCUACCAAUGCCUUGAACCGCAGCGGUAUGAUUUAUGUAGCGGGGAUGAGUGUGGCAUACCAGUCUUACGUUUGAUGACCGGCUAUGAUGGCACCGGAGCCGCCGCAAUGAACAAGCGUCACGGAAAUAUAGACGGCAAGGGAUCUGCCGUGCCAGUCAUAGUUCUCCUGGUCCGGUAUCGUAGCAACACGACAGGAUGA